AUGCUGCAUCCCUUCGCCGUUGUCGGGAGAUUUUUGCGUCCGAAUCUCUCGUCUCUCCUCCCCUCCCCUGCGUGUUGCGCCUCUCCCUUGGGGAGAGCGACUUCAGCAGCCUGCGCAGCCACAGCAGCUGGAAGGCUGUCUUCGCGAAGGACGUACCUCCACUUCGCGAGGACGGUGCCUGAAGACUAUGAGCUCCCCAUCGAGACGAUGCCUUCCGACGUGGAUGCCUUGAUGAAGGCGAAGCCGAAGGAUCUAGACUUCUUCGGAAACUACUGGUACUGGCGACUGAGGGGCGAAGCCUCCGUCUUGGACCCAGAGAACCUCCCCAAGAAGUCGUACAAGCAGCUCGCUCGAGACAUGGGCUUGCAGGUUGUUAAUCAGGAAAGCGAGCACAUGGUCGGCCUCCUCGAGCUGUACGAGUAUUUGAAGGGUGCUCCUUUUGUUGGGCCCUUUGGCACAAUCGAGAAUCCCGUCCUCGUGCCCUCUGUGCAUACAGAAAGCGAACCGCUAGAAAGACACAGACAGACACAGAUCGAUCGAGGGCGUCGUGCGUUCUUGCCGCUCUUCGGAGUCGAGGGGGCGGGAUCUCAGCCUCU